GCAUGGCCGCCUCGGACCCUCAUCGGAACAUGGGGAACGAGGGCUGCAAGGGGCAAGGGGACAAGGAUCCCCAGGGAAGGAGGGAUGCCCGGAUGCACCGCUCCAUGUCGCUGAGUACUGGAGCAGCAGUGGCUGCGGCGGUUGCUGCGCUGGUAACCGCCCUGCUCCUGCUGUGGUGUGAGGACGCGGGGCCGGGGGCCGGCUCAAGUAGCAUGGCUGAGACAGAGGCGCUGCCCAAGCUUCGGGAAGACUUCAGGAUGCAGAACAAAUCCGUCUUUAUUUUGGGCGCCAGUGGGGAAACCGGCCGAGCGCUCUUAAAAGAAAUACUGGAGCAGAGCCUCUUUUCCAAAGUCACAGUCAUUGGCCGGAGGAAGCUGACUUUUGAUGAAGAAGCUUAUAAAAAUGUGAAUCAAGAAGUGGUGGAUUUUGAAAAGCUGGAUGACUACGCAUCUGCCUUUCAAGGCCACGAUGUUGGAUUCUGUUGCCUGGGCACCACAAAAGCAAAAGCUGGGGCGGAGGGGUUUGUGCGUGUCGAUCGAGAUUAUGUCCUGAAAUCUGCAGAGCUGGCAAAAGCUGGAGGGUGCAAGCAUUUCAACUUGCUGUCCUCUAAGGGAGCGGAUAAGUCGAGCAGUUUUUUUUAUCUGCAAGUUAAGGGAGAAGUAGAAGAUAGAGUGGGAGAAUUAAAAUUUGACCGUUACUCGAUAUUUAGGCCUGGAAUUCUGUUAUGUGAUAGGCAAGAAUCUCGCCCAGCCGAAUGGCUGGUGAGAAAAUUCUUUGGCUCCAUACCAGCAUCUUGGGCCAGAGGGCAUUCUGUUCCAGUGGUGAAGGUGUGCAGAGCGAUGCUGAACAACGCAGUGAGACCCAGCAGCAAGGAGAAGGAAGUGCUGGACAACAUGGCCAUCCACAGCCUGGGGAAAGCCGACGCCUCUUAAGCCAUGAUCACUCCCGAGGAAUGCUUUUUUGUAAAACUCAGCACCCACCUAAUCACUAAUUUGAGGGUCUAAAAAAAGGAGCACUUUAACCAUGGUUUCACUACUUUCAGCUGAUCAGGUCCAAUUAAAAACUGAUGAUGUACUACACGGGCAGCUCAGGGCCUGGUUGUGCACGUGUGCGGUUGGCCCUUGAACAACAUGAGUCCAUGAGUUUUUACACAUGAGUUUUUUCAGUAAGUGCUGUAAAUGGGUUUUCUAUUCCUUAGGUUUUUCUUACAAACAUUUUCUUCACCUUACUUUAUUGUAAGAAUACAGUAUAUAAUACAUAUAACACACAAAACACUUAUUACUGUUUAUGUUAGUGGGAAGUAUGAUCAACAGCAGGCUAUUAUUAGUACAGCUGGCCCUCUGCAUCCACAGAUUUCCAAUCUCAGAUCAAAAUUUUGUUUUCAAUCCAAAGUUGGCUGAGUCUGUGUCUGUGGGUGUAAAACCUGUGGCUCUGAAGGGCAGAGUAUAGUUAAGUUUGGGGGGUGUCAAAAGUUAUUUGUGAAUUUUCAAGUAAACUGGGGUGGCUCCCCAAAUCACAUGUUGUUCAAGUGUCAACUGUACGUCACCCGGGGAACUUUCCAAAUGGAGAGCUUUGUGGGCUUUGCCUCCAACCUUCUGAAUCUGAAAUUUGGGGUACAGGCAUAGGAAUCUGUUGUUUUGUUUAAGCUUCCUCUGGAGAUUCUGGUGCCACUGGGUGGCAGGGGUGGGGGUGGGUAGCAUGGAGCCAGCUCUGAAAUGCUUGUCUGCAGAGUGACAGCAGCGGGGAAGACCUUCUGUAAUCUGCAGAUGAGUUCUGUUCUAAAACUGUUGACAUUUGUGUCUCCCAGGUACUCAGGCCUGACUGCAUAUAAUUGUUUAAAGGAACAUUGUGCCUUACUACUUCAUUAGAAUAUAUAAUAACUGAGCUUAUAUAAUUCAUGGGAGAAUUAAACAGUGGAAUAAAAAUAAAUAGACAAGU